AUGGCUAAUUCCGGUCUUGCAAUCAUAGUCGCUCGCUGCCCAUUGCUGAGAACCGCUACAAGGGCCCUGAAGGAAGGCACCAACCACCCCCUCAACACUGCAUGGCCCCUCUUCCUGGACCAAGAUACUUGCUUUCAACAAUACUUCGCUAAGCUGUCCAAGUACAAUGCCCUAUCCGAGUUCCAAUUCGCCAUAGUCAAGUUGGACGAGACCGGCCAAAGAGAACUGGGCCUGAUCGCCUGCGCUCGCUCAGUUCCCUUCUACUGGCCUGAGCUGGACCAGGUCGGUGGACGGGCUGGCCUGAAAGCUCAACCUGAAGUUCUACAAUCGCUACCCCGGGGUGGAUACGAUGCCAUUUUGACUCGGGCUACCCAUCAACAUCUCGCGCGAAAGGGCCUUGCGCUUUCCUCUCUUCCUUCUUCUCCCGCGACAAUUGCCUCGGAUACCGAGUCGGACUCGGAAUCGGACAUCAACAAUGUUCAACAACACACUCAGACUCACACUUGGACCGACCACCUCCCAAACCCACCAAACGUCUUCUCCGCCAUCUCCAUCACAGUCCACCCAAGCUACCGCUCCCGCGACCUAAAUCUAGCCGAAACUAUGAUCCAAACUAUGAAGCGCACCGCGCAGCAAAAACACCUUGAUGCCCUCGUCGUUCCCCUCCGUCCCACCCGCAAGCCCGAAAUCCCUUUCCAUCUGGAAGCCGCUCUCUCCUUUGAUCCCUGGCUGCGCAAGCACACGCUUCUUGGGGCGCAGGUAAUCAAAGUCGCCCGGGAGAGUAUGCGGGUGGAGGGGAGCAUGGCGGAGUGGGAAUACUGGACGGGAACCGGGGCCAAUAAAUUUUCGAGGAUGGGGAAAGAAAUGACGACAAGACAAUAA